GCUGGUCCAUGUGGCGGACUGCUGCUGACUGAACACAGUUAAAGGUGGACUGUUUGUGUGACUGAGGAGCCAGAGACUCGAUCCUUGUCCGGGACGCAAGUGGCGUUGUUGUUGGAAGCGACUUGUUUAGGAGUUUGAUGCGAUAUCUGGACACUCCCCACUGCGGACGCUUCCCGGACACACAAAUUGAUGCUGUUGGAGUAGUGCGUGAAUAUUUUUUUGCAGCAAGGUUAUCUAAGCCCGUAAAAGAACCCAUUGUACUUCGGACCUGGUGUGCAGAGACUCACGUAGGCACCGCGGAACCGUUGCAGGAGGUGCAGCUGAUGCAGAAGUGGGGAGGAUUUAGUGCGUUUUUGGAACUCAGUGUCCUCGUUGCAUUGAACAAAUGAUUUCUGACUGACUUGCAGGAUCGCCCUCAAGACUAAAAGCCCGACCAACCUACAUUUCCCUCUUUGUUACCAUCACCAUUGUGCAAGGACUAUGUUGAUGAAGGAGUACCGCAUCUGCAUGCCUCUCACAGUGGAGGAGUACCGGAUCGGCCAGCUGUACAUGAUCAGUAAACACAGUAAUGAGCAGAGUGAGCGUGGGGAGGGGGUGGAGGUGGUCCAGAACGAGCCGUACGAGGACCCCGAGCACGGAUCAGGACAGUUCACAGAGAAACGCAUCUACCUCAACAACAAGCUGCCCAGUUGGGCCAGAGCAGUGGUCCCGAAAAUUUUCUACGUGACGGAGAAGGCUUGGAACUAUUACCCGUACACCAUCACAGAGUACACGUGCUCCUUCCUGCCCAAGUUUUCCAUCCACAUAGAGAGCAAAUACGAGGACAACAAAGGGAGCAACGAUAAUAUCUUUGGCAGCGAGCCCAGAGAAGAGGAGACGGAGGUGUGUUUCGUGGACAUCGCCUAUGAUGAGAUCCCCGAGCGCCACUACAAGGACUCAGAGGACCUGCGGUAUUUUAAGUCGAACAAGACUGACAGAGGCCUCCUGCAGGAAGGAUGGAUUGACAGCCAGGACCCCAUCAUGUGCUCCUACAAACUGGUCACAGUCAAGUUUGAAGUCUGGGGCCUGCAGACACGUGUGGAGCAGUUUGUACACAAGGUGAUUCGAGACGUCCUGCUUUUAGGACACAGGCAGGCGUUCGCUUGGGUGGAUGAGUGGAUCGACAUGACCAUGGAGGAGGUACGAGAGUACGAGCGAGCCACUCAGGAAGCCACCAACCUGAAAAUCGGCACCUUCCCUCCCGCCAUCUCCAUCUCAGAGACCCCUCUGGCGUCCAACCCCCGCAGCGGGCCCAACAGCGCCCCGUCCACCCCGCUCUCCACGGAGGCCCCGGACUUCCUGUCGGUGCCCAAGGAGCGCCCCAGGAAGAAGUCCGCCCCGGAGACCCUGACCCUGCCCGACCCGGGCCGCAGGGAUUCCCUCUUCAAGCUGCCCAGCUUCUUCUCCUGGAACUCCAGUCCGCAGCCAGAAUGAGAGCGGGGCGGUUGCCGCUGGUGAUUGCCCUCGACCCGUGCAUCAGUGGAGGAUGCUUGCCUGCCCAGCACAUCCCACAACGCCCCCCCUCAGCCAGCUGAAGCGAAGGAGACUUUUCACCGUGCUGGUGAUCCCACAGCCCCCUCAGCAGACCUGCCGGUGUUCCAGCACAAAGCCAGCAGACUUCAGCAGCCUUCACAGGUGCAGACAGUCUGAUCUCCACAGUAAAAAGCCCCGCGAGGUGUAAAAGGUAUACCGCGUCCCAUUGAGAGUCUAACAAAAGCAGCUGGAGGCUCCUCGUUUUCUUCUCAUCAGCUUGAUUAGUCACAUUGAGUGUAGCAAACAUUCCUGAAAAAGUUCUAUCCCGCAGAUUAUCAACCUCCUUUUUCUGUCACCGCACAUAAAACUUUUACAUGUACAGAAUUUGUUUCUUUUCCUGCUUUAACCCAGAAGAACCCAGACCCAGUAAUCCUUAACCCUUAAUAGGGCACUCGUUGAAAUACGUGCAAAUUCCAAAUUUCAACCCUAGAGAAUAUUAGAGGAUAUUACAGACUGCCAGAAUGUGUAAAAAAAAUAUAUAUAUUUUGAGAAAAGUUUAUGAGA